CCCCUCAAGUGGGACAGCGGCCAUGGCGGAAUACAGCCAGGCUGGCCUCCUGGCGGCUCUGCUCCUCUUCACGGCUCUCACGGUCCGGGACGUUUACCUCGGGAGAUCGAGCCCGCAGCGCGGACAUCCACCGGUCAACAGCCCUGGCCUCUCUCCCCCGGACGCAGAGCCCGGGAAACCCGCCAAGUCUUCCCUUUACACCGGGCCAGUGCUCAGGUUCCAGUACUGCAUCUCCUGAGGUUACAGCAAAGUGUUCCAGGACUACUCUCACACCAUCAGCAAGCUGUAUCCGGACAUCCGCAUAGAGGGGGAAAACUACCCCCCCACCCCCUUCAACAGGUGUGUGGGUAACCUGAUCUCCUACCUGAAGCUGCUGUCCAUCCUCCUCAUUGUCAGUGGUCAGAACCCCUUCCUCCUCCUCGGCCUUGAGACUCCAAGAGCUUGGACCUGGAGUCAGGACAACAAGAUCUUCUCCUGUCUCAUGGCCUUCUUCCUCUGCAACAUGAUGGAGACUCACUUCCUGUCGACUGGAGCCUUUGAGGUCUCUCUGAAUGACGUCCCUGUGUGGUCGAAGCUUCAGUCGGGUUAUGUCCCAAACAUCCAGGAGAUCUGUCAGAUCCUCGACACCCAACUGAAGAUGAACCAGGUGGAUCACAUGUCCUUCUCUUCCACUUAGGCCUGCACACACAGGUGUCCCAGCUCAGCGGGACGUUCAGCAGCUGGCAUUCAUGAAGGUCUGGCCCUAAAGCAGAUUCUGCGGGGCCCGGCCGGAUGUUCCCCGCCACGAAACGAGCGCUCCCUCUACACCUGGUCACAGCUCAGCACUACAGUACCCACAAUGCACCUGUCAGCAGGUGGAGUCUGUUGACAGGAUGAGGACAGGUUUUUGUCGGUUGAGGUUUAUUUUAUUUAUUUAAUUUGGGGUUCUGUUUUUUUCGGCAGGAACAAUAUUAAACUACAGUACCACUCUUAGCUUCUUGCUAAUUAGCCUCUGUCUGGAGAGGAAGUAACAGACAGGAAACCGAAAUGUAAUGAAUAAUUAAAAUGCUCUUAAUGUGUCAGUCUGUUAGUUUUUAAUUCAAUCUGUAAAAUGUCUGAAAUAAAAACAAGUUUCAGUUUGUGACUUUUGAAGUUUGAAUUCAACAUCAAACUAAUGUCAGGCUUUUAAUUUGAAAACAGGAAAUGAACUGUGUUGUUACUUUGAAACUGAUUAAAAUUAUUCAAAUGA